AUGAGUCCCAAUCAUCACGACCCAGCGCUAGAGUCGCCGGCUAUGUACAAUUUUCGGGUUGUUUUAUUAGGAGGAAAAGAUCAGAGCCCAGAUACUUUUCAGAAGGAUUCCCCCCACAAGUGCGCAGCACCACAUGCGCUGAUACUUCCCUUUCAUAUUUCUGUCUCGCAUUUCAUAUGUACCGAGCCAGCAACGGCAGAUUUAGAAAAUUCCUCACAAUUGCAAGCGCCCAAAAGGGCGUGGACCCUUAGGAUAGAAGCACAUCAAGUACAACCUCCUGCAGGAAACCCCAAUUUUAAGAACAUCAAAUUCUCUGAGGUGAUAAAGUCGAUCCUCGUUGAGGUUGGGGAGCCUUCCCAGAAUUCAUGUCUUAUCGAAUGGCAGAAAACACCACUUUCCAAAUCAGACCUAGAUGGGUUUGAAAUCAAGAAAGUCUCACCACCUCCGUCAGAUGUUCGUGUCUAUAUUGUGCCUGAUUGGGCUACAGAGCGGUAUCUAAUUCCCAAGGAGCUUUAUCAAAUUUUGUCGAUCUCUGCGUCUACGGCACAUCCGGCAGAAAGCACAAGGCCUGCAGUCUUAUUGGCCCUAUGGCGAUAUAUCAAUGUAUCAAUGAUGAUGUUUAUGACCGUCUCUGUAGAUGAAGGGCUUGUUUCCAAGCCCAGACAUGCCGAAUGUGAUCAAGUUUGA